AUGUGCCCUGUGAGGCAAGACCCUGGUGGCGAGAAGGAGACGCAGAGAGGGCGGGGAGGCGUGAACAGUGAGGACGGCGCACUGGAGGACUCCGAGGAAUGGCCCUUCACCACUGGGGCGAAGCGUCCGAAAGAGGCCCUGCAGAGCAAGGUGGCCAGCGUGACUUCGCAGGACGGAAUCGAGACGUACAAGUUCACCUGCGUGUGCAGGGAGGGGCCGCGUGGCCCCGGGCUUUCCCACUCCUCCCCAGGGACAGAGCUGCCCAGCCCCCCAUCUGUGUGGUUUGAAGCAGAGUUUUUCCACCACAUCCUCCACUGGACGCCCAUCCAGAAUCAGUCUGAAAGUACCUACUAUGAAGUGCAGCUCCUACGGUACGGGAUAGGGCCCUGGACGCCCAUCUCCAGCUGUAGCCAGACCCUGAUGCUGUCCUGUGACCUCACCAUGGUGACCCUGGACCUGUACCACAGCAAUGGCUACCGAGCCAAAGUCCGGGCUGUGGACAGAGGCCAGCACUCCAACUGGACUGUCACCAACACUCGCUUCACCAAGGACGAAGUGAAUUUGACAGUUGGCAGCGUGGAGCUCGAGAUACGUGAUGGCAUCGUCCUUGGAAAGAUAAAGCCACCCCGGCCCAAGGUGGCCCCUGCAGGCGAAACGUACGAAAGCAUCUUCCCACACUUCCGAGAAUAUGAGAUUGCAAUUCGCAAGGUGCCAGGACACUAUAAGCUCACAAACAAGAGGGUAGCACAUGAAAACUUCAGCUUCCCGAGCCCUGGAGAGGUGGGAGAGUUCUGUGUCAAGGUGAAACCGGCCGUGUCAUCCCUAACGAACAAGGGGCUGUGGUCGGAGGAGGCGUGCUUCAUGCUCACCUGGCAUUACUUCACCGUGACCAACCUCAGCAUCUUUUGCAUCCUCGUGGUGCUGCUGUGCGGGGCCCUGGCCUACUCCCUGACCCUCCAGCUGUACGUGCGGCGCCCCAGGAAGCUGCCUGCCGUCCUGGUCUUCGGGAGGCCCAGCCCCUUCAGCCUCUUCGGCCAGCUUCCCGGCCUAGAGACCCUAGACUCCAUCUGUGCCCUCAGCGAGGAGGCCUUGCCCAAGGUGUCCGCAGGGCUGAGGAACUCGGAGCUGCAUGGCAGCACGGACAGCGGCUUCGGCAGUGCCAAGCCAUCGCUGCAGACUGAGGAGCCCCAGUUCCUUCUCCCCGCCCUGCACCCCCCGUGCGGGGGCACGCUGGGAAAGGGGGCCUCCCUGGAGCUGGAGAGCAGCGGCAGCAGCGGCAGCAGCGACAGCGGCAUCUGCCUGCAGGAGCCCAGCCUCAGUCCCCGCUCGGCACCCAGCUGGGAGCCGCCGGUGGGCACCCGUGGCCAGGGCCAGGAUGACAGUGGCAUCGGCCUCAUCCACGGCUCUGAAGGGCAGCCUGGGGAUACACAGGAUGGCUCAGCCUUGGGCCGUGUCAGCCCCUUGGGGCAUGAGAUGACUGAGGAAGAAGGCCCGGCUGCGGUGGCAUUUCAGGGCUACCUGCAGCAGACCAGAGGCACGGAGGAGAAGGCAGCCGAGGCAGGCUGCCUGGAAGAAGAGUCCUCCUCAACAGGUGGCCUCGACCCCCAACUCGGGGUGUGCCUGGAUGCCGAGGAAGCCUGGCCUCCACCAGUCCUGGUCAAGGGCUAUUUGAAACAGGAUCCCCCAGAAGUGACUCUCACUCCCUCAGGGGCCCCAGCUGGACAGGGGAACCCCCAAACUGAAGAAUGGUCACUCCUGGGCUUGGCCAGCUAUGGUGACCUAGGAACAUCUGACUGGAGCUUUGCCCAUGAUCUUGCCCCUCUGGACUGUGUGGCAGCCCCGGGCAGUCUCCUGGGCAGUUUUGACUCAGACCUGGUCAUCCUGCCACUGAUCUCCAGUCUGCACUCCAGUGAGUGACUCAGGCUAAGGAGCUGCUGUGGACAUCAGCCAUGUCCUGCCUGGACUAGGAGGAGGGCGCCAGGAUCAGAAGUGAAGCACGAUGCCAGUCUGGGCACUCUUCUACAAGGCCAGGGUCCAGCAGUGCUGGCUCGGGUGCUGGGCAGGGUGUGGGGGGCCCGUUCUAUGCAUGCGCCCUGCAGACUCAGGCAGAACUGAGCAGGGCAGGGCAAAGCCUGCCUCCCUUAGGACUCUGCCUGUGUGAAAAGCAUUGUUUUCUCAGGGAAUCAUGGAGUUUUCUGGAGUUGAGGCAAGGCUGCCAGGCCUCCCCCUUAAACCAACCUUGUGUCAGGGCCUCACAGCAGGGGCCAUUUGUAGGGGGAAAGGAGGGAACAAUGACCAAGUGUGAUCUCGGGGUGGUCAGCUGACCACCAACUGGCCUGGACUGGUACAUGGAGAAGCCCCCUCACCAGCAGGCCUCCCAGGGAGGGAGCUUGUCACGGAAGCUCUUACGAUGUGUCUGGCCGGCCAGUCAGUCAACUAUCAUUAUGGACCCACAGGGGGAUAAAAGGAGCUGAGACCCAAAAGGGGGCUCCUAGCUCAGAGCCCAUCCUCUGGGGAUGUCUCAAGUCCAUAUGCAGACAUUUCCCGCUUUUCAGCAAAGAGAGCAGCAGCCCCCUGGGGUUCCUGCUGUGGCCAAGCCCCUCCUGGCCCCACCUGGUGCCCCAUCAUUUGCUGACAGUACCAGAGAAACCAUGGUGUUUUCAUUGGUCAGAACUCAACCCUCAGGCAGCCUCUGGGUUUGGGCACCGGCUGGUCUGCCCAGAGGCUCAGGGCUGGGACCUGCCCCUGCGUGUGCUGCUGUCCAUGCUGGACGUUAGCGAAGCUGCCCCAGGCCGGGAGGAAGGACACUGCGGCUGUGUCUACACAGAGCUAGCUGCUUUCUCAUGCUGAGACCACCCGAAGGAGCGAAGUCCAUGGCAUCACGCGGAGCCUCCAGGCACUGGGCCCGAGAGGGCCAGGCGUGUGCCCAGCUCCCCAGUGAGCUUGGAAUAGGAACUCUAAGCCAGCUUCCAGUCCACGCACAAGGAGCGGGAGGAGUGGGGGGCCUGGGCUGCCCCUAGGUCGUCCGUGGCCUGCGCUUCUCUGUGGCAGUCUGGGAUCAGACCUUCUGGCCCGAAGAGUCCAACCAGAACCCCCCACUCUGCCAAAAAGCUCUGGAUGCCAGCCUGGCAACAACGCCCUCUGGGAGCUCAGGCUUGCGGGAGGGCUUCCCGGGGCUCCCUGGGAAGGUUUACUUAUGUGUCUUGUUCUAUUUAUUGGAGGGGCAGCAUAGUGCAAUGGGAGAAUGCUCAGGAUUUCAAGAGCCUAGAAGUUCUAGUUCGACCCCACUGCUUCUCGCUGUGUGACCUUGGGAAAGUCACUGUCCUUGUCCGUUUCAUCUGUAAAACCAGAAACCAGUGCCUGACUAUCUCGCUCCUGGGGGCCUGAGGCUCUGCUGAGGCAGAGGUGUGCAUGUACCUCCGACACAGCUUUGUAAACGAGUGAUGUCAUUGUUAUUAUAGUAAAUUGUCGGGACCACAGGAAUCA